UUCUCUGCACUCCUCUCGUGCGAGAAUGGCUGCAAGCAUUCUGUCCCACGUUGUCUCCGACCUCUGCAUCGGCAAGCCGGCGGUGCGUGUGCUGCCGCCGUCGACUCCAAUCGCGGCGGCCCUCGCCACGCUCCGCGCUGGUGCCGACCCGUUCGUCUUCGUGGACGCUGCACCCCCGGACGCGAAGAAGACGGCCGUGUUGUCCGUCGUCAAGGUCAGCGUCGCGGAGAUCCUGUGUUACGUCUGCGGCGACGGUGGCAACCUCAGCGACCCCGCGGCCGCGCUCGGCCGGCCCGUUUCCGUGCUCACGGCCGUGGUGGGCGAUCACGGCGUCACUCGCCAAGUGGAUCCACAGACGAGCCUGCUCGACGCCAUCGACGCGCUGCUGGCCAACAACUCGCACAGCCUGGUCGUCCCGCUCCACGCCCGGGCCCGAAAGAAGCACCACCACGUCUCCGCCGGCUACUGCGUGCUGACGCAGCAAGACAUCGUCCGGCACCUCUUCGGCUCCAUCUCCCUCUUCUCCCCGGUCGCCGCGCUCUCCGUGUCCUCCCUCGGCCUCGUGCGCCGGGACGACGUGCACGCCGUCCACGUCGACGACGACGCGCUCGACGCCAUCCCUCUCCUGCGGAGGUCCAUCGGGCAAGGCACCGCCGUGGCCGUCGUGGCGGACGACGACGCGCUCGUCGGAGAGAUCUGCCCGGGCGUGCUCGGCUCGUGCGACGACGUCGAGUCCGUGUCCGCGGCCUUCGCCACGCUCUCCGCCGGCGACGCCAUGACGUACAUCGACUGCUACUUCUCGCCGCCCGAGUUCCUGCUCCGCUCCAUCAGAGCCGAGCUCACGGGCAAAGGGCUUCAUGCCAUGUGCGACCUCAUGGAUGCCGCCUACACAACGGACGUUGGAGCUCUGUCGUCGUCAUCAACGUCAUCUGAUGAGGAGUGUUUGCCAUUGGCGCCUGCGAGACGCGCGAGGAAGAUGUCGUCGGGAAGCUUCCGGUGGCGGUCGACGGAGGACGUGGCGGCGUGUCAUGCUGAGAGUUCGCUGGUCGCCGUCAUGGCCCAAGCGCUUGCGCACCGAGUCGGGCAUGUUUGGGUCGUCGAUGAGCUCAGCGGCGCUCUAGUCGGAGUCGUCAGCUGCGCCGAUGUGCUUGCUGUGCUCCGGGACCAUCUCCGCCCAGAGUGAUAUGCAGAUGAUUUGUGAUCGAUCCUAUAGCCUGCGGAUGUGUAAGCAUAGCUUAGAGCUCGGCGAUUUCCCGUCGUGCCGCCCUGCUACGACUGUUGGAGACCUGCUGCUGUUUUUUUUAGGAUCGGCCCAGCUUUUUUUUAGAACAUGUUGGUUCCAGUUUUUAUUUUUGUUUUUGAUUUUGAGGGUGUAACCAAGUUUUAUAUUCAUCGUAAGCCAGGAAUACAUCUCGGAUCAUGAG